ACAAGCAUUUACAUUAACACAGAAUCUUUAACAUGCAUCUGAAAAUGGUGAAACUUCUGCUAGCCGGUCGUCUGUCAUACGGUGCCGGUGAGCGACUUCAAAAGACCUUGUCGAAUCAUCACCAUCAGCAUUUGAGCGAGCCGGCAAAUACCUUAGUGAUCUUGGAACACAAACCGGUGUACACGGUAGGAAUUCGUGACAAAGUAUACACAGUCGAAGAAGAGACGAAACUGAAAAAUCUCGGUGCGGAGUUUUGGAGAACAAAUCGCGGCGGAUUGAUCACCUUCCAUGGGCCUGGUCAGCUAGUAGCCUAUCCGAUACUCGAUCUGAAACAAUUUCGCACCAGUGUCAAGUGGUACGUGGAACAGUUGGAGCGCAUGAUAAUCCAUUUAUGCGCAGAGUUCGGCAUCAAAGCUGAAACAUCGCCGCACACUGGAGUCUGGGUGGAGAAUCGUAAGAUCUGCGCCAUAGGCAUUCACGGCAGCCGUUAUAUCACCACCCACGGCCUAGCACUCAACUGUAACACUGAUCUUACGUGGUUUGAUCAUAUCGUGCCUUGCGGCAUCAGGGGUAAGGGCGUCACCAGCAUCUCCAAGGAGUUGAACGUAGAUAUCAAUGUUAACGAUGUGCUGCCAAUCUUCAUCAAUAUCUUUCGUGACCAGUUUGAGUGCAAGCUGAUAGAGUUUCCGUCUGAUGAGGCCUCGCGAAUCUUGCAAGAUGCGAUACGAUAAUUAGGCAAAUAGCUAAUGGUGUAAUCAGUAAUAACGAUUUUUCUGAAAUAGAUAGGUUUAUGGGUUUUAAAGAAAUCUUGUCUUUUAAUUGUUUACUGCGAUGUGACGACGUUGAAUUUGUUAUUUGAACUCUGAAAAACUCUGAAGAAGUUUGCGCGUCCUUAAAGUUUUAAUAAUAUUUUGUAGGUGUCUUUAAAUUAAUGCCAAGUCUGUAGCAAAAUCGAAUUUAAAUGAUCAAAGAAUAAAUUUGUCAUUGACCUAAUAAGACUUGUAUAAUAUAAUACUUCUUGAUAAGAAGAUAAUAUUCUUGUAUUAAUAAUUAUAUUAAUUCCACAACUCUUUAAAGAUGAAUUCAGUCAACAAAUUCAAUUAGAUUUAUUUGUUAAUUUAUACUUUUAACAAUUAUUACAUUACAUGCGAUUGCAAGAUAUUAACCAUAAAGAUCUGUUAAUCACAUUACCAGAAUUACAAUGCGAUUUGUAAAAUUGGAUUAAUUGAAUACAAUUUCUGUACACCAAUAAUAAAUUACAGAUUAUACGAA